CAGUGGCCCCUCGAGAACCAGGGUUGGACACCCCUGCUGUAGGUCCAUUAGGUGACUUUAGUCAGUCUGUAUACGGAAGUGAAAAGAGGGUUUAUGAUAGAUUGAUCAUCCCUUGGAGGCUGUGGUGAGGGUUUUCGAUCAUCUUUGAGCAUCUCCGAUUCUAGAUCGCUCUGGAUAAGACCCUCUGCUGAAUGACUAAAUGUAAAUGUCGACACUCGACGUUUGCUGCUCUUUCGUCGGGAUUUGACUCGCUCUUCGAUCUCGAUUCUUUGGCGAUCCAGGUCUGAGAUCUUCGUUGAUGUAGAUCUGGAUCUCGGGGGAAUGACUGCAGCAGCAAGCCACGAGUCAGUGUGUUUUGAUGUGUGUGUGUGUGUAUGUCUCCUCCUUCCCCAGGCGUGUGUGACAAGGAUCCUCCUGACGUGCUGAACAAGAGGAGGUGUCUGGAGUACCUUGCUGCCCUCCGACACGCCAAAUGGUUCCAGGCCCGUGCCAACGGUCUUCAGUCGUGUGUGAUCAUCAUCCGAGUGUUGAGGGACCUGUGCCAACGAGUGCCAACAUGGGGCAAGAUGCCAGGCUGGGCCAUGGAGCUGCUGGUGGAGAAGGCCAUCAGCAGUGCUACAGGUCCUCUGAGCCCGGGAGAGGCAAUGCGUCGCGUCCUGGAGUGCAUCGCCACGGGCAUCCUACUACCAGACGGGCCUGGUCUGCUGGACCCGUGUGAGAAGGACCAAACCGACGUCCUGGAGACCCUGACCAAACAAGCCCGAGAGGACAUCACAGCCAGCGCACAGCAUGCAUUGCGCCUGCUGGCGUUCCGCCAGAUCCACAAGGUCCUGGGGAUGGAGUCCCUGCCCGCGUCCAAGGCCAGCGCCCGCAACCGCAAGCGCCGCCGGGACGGCAGCGACGCCGGGGAGGGCGAGGGCGAGGGCAAGAAGGACAAGAAAGAGGAGAGCGCCGAGGACGCUUGAGCCCCCCCUGCUGGCCGCGAGCUGGUACUGCAGGUAGAGGGCCCUCUCCCAACGACAACAACAACAACAACAAACGGAACCCUCCUUCCUGCCUUGUAGAAGUCACUGAUCUGACGUGGGUUGGGAUGGGUUUGAGUCGCGCUGGGGGGGGGGGGGG